AGAAGCCUGGCUUUUCCGAUAAAGAUGAAAACUAGAAUAUUUGAGAGAUGCAUGCACCCAAAGAAAAAACACUAAAACUGUGUUUUAUUAAUUAAGGUGCACUCACAAGGCUCCUUAAAAGCAUACGAGUUCUAUAAAUUUAUUUUCCCAGCUUAAAAGUUAAAAAGCAAAAGCAGGGUCUAUGCUGGUUUUAAGCACCAUUCACAAUGUGCUGCUGCUGAUGAUACCAGACCUACUCUCAAGUCUCAACCAGAGCAACAAAAGUAGGCCUCUCUGUGCUCUUCUUCGUGUAGGAGAGUAAGGUCGUAUUUGGUGGGUACAUCAAGGGUAUGUACAAGUAUCAAGAUUACUACUUGUUUUUAGUUUGGUCGAGUGUAAUCUACAUGUAUGUUUCCAGGGGCGGAACUGUGUAGGAGGCUCCAGUAACCAAUUAUUUCAACCAAAGACUCAAAACUCUCCAAGUCUCCAUACUCCAACCUGAAUGCAGGGAACAGCCUGAAAUCUUACUUGGGGAGAGCGAAUUAGUGGAAGCCGAACGCUGCAGAUCGGAGCUGCGGAAGUGCGGCGAGCCGGCGACUGUGAGCAGACCGGAGGUGCGGAGCGGUGACUGUGAGUCUUCGUUUGAAAAUUAAUUUUGCUUUGUGGGCUUGUGGCUUGUUUGAUUAUAUGCUGGCUGGUUACGUAUUCGUUCUGUGAUUUCUGUCUUCAUAUGAAAGAAGAGACAGCAAGGCUGCAAGGGUCAAAGGGAAUUGGUUGGAAUGGAUGAUUAUCAUAUUAUGUUUGGUCAAUGUAUACGUUGAGACGGACUUCUCUACAAGCGCAAACGGAUGGCUAAUGCAAGUUGUGAACCUGAAGGAGGAGGUUGUCAUGAGGAUGAGAUUAUGGUAGGAAGAUUCACUAGUCUUCCAGAUCAAGUUGUGCAUCACAUUGUUUCUUUCCUAGCUAUCACUGACCUCACUCGUUUUGGCUGUGUGUCCAAGAAGUGUAGAGAAAUUUAUCUAACAAGUCCAUCCUUGAAGUUUGAUGAAUUUUCCUCGGCUAAUACAUCCUCAUGUCAUAAACGGAUGAAUUUGUUGAGGUCUUUGGAUAAGUUCUUGAUUCAUCGUGGGGAGAAUAAGAUACACCAAUUUUGUAUUCGUUGGGUUCCCCCUGAGAACUUUGACCAUGAAACACCAUGCUUUUGUGGUUGUAAUGAGAAGUCUGGAACGAUGGCGUGGAUGCAGUAUGCAGUAAGGUGUAAAGUGGAAGUGCUUGAUCUUGAGAUCUCUAUAUUUGAGAAGGCGAUGCCAUUAGCAUUUCCAUUUUUCAUCCUUCAGUGUAAAUCUUUGAGGUCUCUAUCGCUGGACAUGAAUUGUAUGAUUCAUACACCCUCUUUCGCCGUUUUCUCUAGUCUCAAGUGCUUGGAGCUGAAAAAUGUUAGAAUAUUGGAUGAGUCAUUUUUCAAAUGGAUCUCAAAUUCCUGCAAAUGCAUUGAGGAAUUAGAUCUUGAUGAUGUCCAUGGAAUUAGAAAUAUCAACAUUGAGAGCUCUUCUUUGAAAUCAUUUAAAUUUGGGUCUUGCAAUCAGACUCGCUUCUGUCAUCUUAAAAUCUCUGGUGAGAAACUCAUAUCCAUAGUUGUCUACUGGAGUUUUUAUUCAUCUCUCAACAAAUCGUUUAGUCUUUCUGCUCCGAAUCUGAAAAGAUUCUAUUGGUUUGGGAAUUUGCUGGAUCACUCAAAUCUCGGAGAACCGGUAUGUUUAGAAGAUGUUGGAUUUUAUACAGAGCCUGAAGACGAUGAGACGGACUAUAUAGAGCAUGUUUACACUACACACAAGCGCUUUGUUGUUCUAAAUCCAGAGGCCAUGAAGGGACUGUAUAAGAGAGGAAUCAUACCACCUCUGUUUCGUAAUACUUGUUAUUUGUGUAUGCAUAUUGGCAGCUUUGUUAAUGACCUAGUCCCAUGGAUGGUCUUUCUUUUCCGAAGAAUGCCUAAUUUGUGUACCUUGUACAUCAAGUCUACUCCACCUCUAUCUGACUGCAAUUCUCAUCGUACAUGUGGGUACUAUAUGGAACACUGGAAGCAGCAAAACUUCGGUUUUAUACUUGAGCUUAAUGAGGUUACCAUUGAGCUUUCCAGAGGACUAAAUGGAAUUGAGUUAGCAAGGUAUAUGCUCGAGCAUGCUCAGAAUUUGAAGAAAAUGGUCAUAGUUUGUUUACCUCUGCAGUCUGGUUUUGUUAAAAGGCUGUUAGAUAAAAGUAAGAUGAUUUCGAAUGGCACGGUUGUGUUCAAGGAAAAUCGACAAGAGAGAAAGCUGGUUUGAUAUACUUCAUAAAUUAGUUAUGUUAUAAUAUGAAAACCUUUGUUUCUGUGAUUAAAUUAUGUUGAUGGAUACAUUUUGGAAUUCCCUAUUUUGAUUGAAUGAGAGUGUAUUAUUGUCUUCCAUUUUA